AUGGCGGCCGAGAGUGUAGGCUUGGCGGCCUCGGUUGGCGGUCUCGUAUCGUUGGGCUUGCAAAUCGCCGGUGGCAUUCUCAAGUACGUCGACGCCUUUGAGAGCCGCCAGGAUGACCUCGAAUUCGUCAGAACCAACAGUGAAGCACUCAAAGCAACUUUGCGGGUCAUUGAGACAUGGGCAAACUCACCAGGGCAGGGUCCAGAGGCCAUCGCUGCGGCGACGAGAAGCAUGCAGCUGUUCGAGAUGGAGCUCUGCAAUGUCAAAGCAUUGCAUGACGAGCUUGCUGAUCUCGACGGUCCGGAUUGGACAUCUCGACUAGCCAAUAAGAAGAAGAAGCUGACAUAUGCAUUCAGCCGGCCAAAGAUUCAGGGUCUUGGUCAGCGAUUGCAAAAGGCUACCAACGCUUUGCAACUUACUCUGAAUGGCUUGGGCCUCGGAAAGGCGUAUCCGACAGCCGUGACUAUCUACAACGAGAGUUUGAUGCACCGUGCCGUUGAUAACUUCUAUGUAGCGCAGAUGAACCGUCCGUAUUACGAUGCAGAGUCAAAUUUGGCAAAUAUCCUCAUUGAACUCAUUCAAAUGUUGCUUUCGUACGGUGUUGCGGCAUUCACUUAUGACACACUCGGUUAG